AUGACUGAGUCAACGCCUGAGGAUCCAGUGAAAAGUAAAAACAAGAAAUCAGCCCAAUUGAAUACUACUGACGUAUCUGGUGAUACCAAAGCACUUCAUUCUAGUGAUGAUAAAUCGUUAUCAUCUGCACAGUUCCCAAAUGGAAUUAAUGAAAAACUAUUGAAGCAACUCACAAAUGUGAUGUUGGUUUCGGGAACCAGCAAUUCUUCUGGUAGCGCAGCGGAAAAAAAGACUAAAAAUGAUUUCCGAUUUUGGAGAACACAACCAGUACCUGAUCUCACUGAGCAAAUUACUGAUAACGGUCCCAUCGAACCUGAUUCAAAGCAUGAGGAUAUUCGUUCUCAGCCUUACACAUUACCUGAAGGAUUUUACUGGUGUGAAUUGUCGUUGGACGAUGAAAAUGAGCUACAAGAAUUGUAUGAUCUUUUGUUUGAAAACUAUGUAGAAGAUGAUGAUCACCUCUUCAGAUUUGAUUAUUCCAAACCUUUCUUACAGUGGAUUCUGAAGUCACCUGGUUGGCAUAAAGAUUGGCAUGUUGGACUUCGUGUAACUAAAAGUAAAAAGCUGGUUGGAUUUAUAGCAGCCAUUCCAUGUCAUCUACAGAUUUACGAUAAAUCAAAACAACUUGUUGAAGUUAAUUAUCUUUGUGUGCAUAAGAAGCUACGUUCGAAACGUAUGGCUCCUGUGCUGAUACGAGAAGUGACGCGUCGUGUUCACUUACGUGGACUUUUCCAAGCACUGUUCACAAGCGGCACGUUAUUGCCGAAACCAAUCAGCAAAUGCCGAUACUGGCAUCGUCCUCUUAAUCCACGUAAACUUCUAGAGUGUGGAUUUUCUCAUCUCACACACAACAUGACUUUGCAACGAACUAUUAAGUUAUACAGGUUACCUGAAGCUCCUGUUGUUAAGGGUUUUCGGCAGAUGACAAAAAAGGAUGUAUCUAAAGCAUGGCCUUUAUUAUCUCAGUACUUGAAAAAGUUUAGUAUCCAUCCAAUUUUUACAAAAGAAGAAUUUCAGCAUUUCUUUGUGUCUCGAGAUGAUGUCGUUUACUCUUUUGUAGUAGAGAACGAAGACGGACAAAUCACUGACUUUUGCUCAUUCUAUGUUCUCCCUAGCUCUGUAAUGAAAAGUAAACAGCACAAUAGCUUACGCGCCGCCUACUCAUUUUACAAUGUUUCCACUGUAACACCAUGGCCAGCUUUAAUUCAAGACAUGUUAAUAUCAGCUAAACAACUGAAAUUCGAUGUAUUCAAUGCUUUGGAUCUGAUGGAAAAUAAAAAGUUCCUUGAAGAGUUAAAAUUUGGUAUUGGCGACGGUGAUUUACACUAUUAUUUAUAUAACUGGCGUUGUCCAUUCGCUGAACCUUCAGAGGUAGGAAUAGUGCUACAAUGA